UUUACACAAACACGCAGUUCCCGAAAACAUCAACUUCCAACAGCUCGGGGAUUCUGUCUGAUCACAUCUUGGAUUAGGGGAGCAGAGGCAAGGAGCUAUUUCUGAAGGGUUCUGCAGCAACUCUGCAAGCUUCUUGUACCUUUUGCAGGCUCUGAAUUGCGAAGAUGCUUCUGCUUCUUUCCCUGGUCAGUGGGGUUGCCCUAUUUGCCCCUUGUGUCAUGACAGACAAAGAGCUGGAUCCAAGCCAAGAGCCAAUUCCUGACAUACAGAAAAAAGUUAAUGACCUCUGGCAGAAUUUGCUCUAUCCAGUAGUACCUGGUAAUGAGACUGAUGGGAUGAUUUAUGCCACUUGUGAAAUGAAACCCAGCUCCAAAAUAGAUGCUGACAAGCCACAAGUGACUGGACAAGUCUUAUUCAGGCAGUACUACCCAUAUGGAAGAUUAGAAGCCAUUUUUUACUUGGAUGGGUUUCUGUUGGAUAAUAAUCAAUCUGCUAGAGCUAUACACAUCCACGAGCUUGGGGACCUCAGCAACGGGUGUGAUUCUACAGGAGGACACUAUAACCCUUUCAGAGUGAAUCACCCCCGUCACCCAGGGGACUUUGGCAACUUUUCUCCUAAGGAAGGCAAAAUCAGAAAAUACAAGACCAAUCUCUUUGCCACUAUGUUUGGUCCGUAUUCCAUCAUGGGUAGAUCGGUUGUGAUCCAUGAGCAGGAAGAUGAUAUGGGCAAGGGCAACAAUAAGGCCAGUUUGGAAAAUGGAAAUGCUGGGAAACGUCUGGCUUGCUGUGUGAUUGGGAUAUGCAACAAGAACUUGUGGGAAGAGAAACUGUCUGAGGUUACAGACAAGAAGAAGAGAGGGCUCAACAAACGAACAUAGAACCAGGCUUAAGUGAAGAACAAGAGGCCAGGAGGCCAGCCAUGGCCUGGGCAGCACAAAGUACCUUAGGCUGUGCCCCAGGCCACGAAGAUACACACCUAAAGAACUGUCAUUUCCAUUUGCUUGCUCCUCUAAGAAAUGCAUAGCACUCUCUAGAGUCUUCUUUCUGUAAGCCCAUCAAUAAAACCAGCAUCAACUCAA